UUUGUGACAUUUGUGGCUGUGCUGAACUGUGGUGAUGGAUGGGGAUGCGUGUGUUCGCGUGUGGACUCGACCGCUGCAAGUGAUGCUCCAGCAGAAGAAGAUCAAAGCGCGGAGGAAAAAGCGCAAGGAGUUGUUCGGGGGACAGAUGUGCUUCUUGGGGCUGCUGCUGUUGGCGGUGUCCUUCCUGUCCGGUUUGGCUGACAAUUCCGGUUAUGGCAUCUCCAGUCUCUCAGCUGAAGAUAGUGAGAUGUGGGAGAGUCGCAGGCUGCUGCAGGACUUUGGCAUUGACAGCAACUACACUGAUGAGGUGCAGGUUGGGCCCAAUGCUGAAAAGAACUGCACACCACCUGGUAUACAUGAGUUCCCUGAUGAUAUCUUUACCAACCAGGAGCGAAUGGAGGGGGCUGUAGCCUUGCAUGUUCUGUGUGCCAUGUAUAUGUUUUACGCUCUGGCACUGGUGUGUGAUGACUACUUCGUGCCCUCUCUGGAGAAGAUCUGUGAGCGCCUCCAUCUCAGUGAAGAUGUAGCAGGAGCCACGUUCAUGGCAGCAGGAAGUUCAGCUCCUGAACUCUUCACCUCAGUCAUAGGUGUAUUCAUCACCAAAGGAGAUGUGGGAGUGGGCACAAUCGUGGGUUCUGCUGUCUUCAAUAUCCUCUGCAUCAUCGGAGUGUGUGGGAUCUUUACUGCACAGGCAGUUCAGCUCUCGUGUUGGACGUUAAUGAGAGACUCUGUGUACUACACUAUCUCAGUGACCGCUCUGAUUGUGGUUAUUUAUGAUGAGAAGGUGACGUGGUGGGAAUCGCUCACCCUAACAUUGCUGUACAUAGUUUACAUUAUACUAAUGAAAUUUAACUCACGGGUGGUCAAUUACAUUGAGCGGCGGAAAAAGAAUUCGACAAAUCUGGGUAACGGCACAGCCAGUAACACAGACAUCGACGAUGGGUGCGAUGCCACUGUCGUGCUGCUUAAGAAAGCAAAUUUCCAGAGGAAGCCAUCAGUGCUGAUGGUGGACGAACUCUUGUCUGCGUACCCUCAUCAGCUGUCCUUCUCUGAGGCCGGAAUGAGAAUCAUGAUCACCAGUCACUUCUCCCCUCGCACGCGCCUCACAAUGGCCUCCAGAAUGCUUAUUACAGAGAGGCAGCGUCUGAUAAACAGUCGUUUCAGUAACGGGGAUUCAGAGGUGACUGUAAAGAUCCCAGGAAAGCGGGGGGUGGAGAAUGGCCUGGCAGGAUCGGACCGAGGCCUGAACGGGCGAAAGGGGGGUCACCAUGAUGACGAAAGGGGAGGGGCUGAAGCCGGAACUGACACCGAAAACGAGGACAAUGAAAACAAUGAGAACGAUGAGGAAGAGGAAGAGGAGGAAGAUGACAACGAAGGACCCUAUGUACCAUUCCGCUGCCCCGGUGGAGGCUUUAAUAAGCUAAAGUGGCUGCUGGCCUGGCCACUGAGUCUGCUGCUGUUCCUCACCGUGCCCAACUGUGCCACCCCUCGCUGGGAGCGCUGGUAUAUGGUCUCGUUCAUCACCUCCACCCUCUGGAUUGCUUCCUUCUCUUACAUCAUGGUUUGGAUGGUCACAGUGAUCGGUUACACAAUCGGCGUCCCUGAUGUCAUCAUGGGUAUCACUUUCUUGGCUGCUGGCACCAGCGUUCCUGACUGUUUGGCCAGUUUAAUUGUUGCACGGCAAGGAAUGGGCGACAUGGCGGUUUCCAACUCUAUUGGUAGUAAUGUGUUUGAUAUCCUGAUUGGGCUUGGUCUGCCCUGGACCCUCCAGACUUUGGCCAUCGACUAUGGCUCCACAAUUCACCUGAACAGUAAAGGCCUGAUUUUCUCAGUUGGGCUGCUGCUGGCAUCUGUGUUUCUCACGGUUCUCGGUGUGCAUUUGAACAAGUGGAAGCUGGACAAGCGUUUGGGUUUCGUUUGUUUGCUGAUGUACGCUGUCUUCCUGUGUUUCUCCAUCCUCAUCGAGUUCAACGUAUUCACCUUCGUCAAUCUGCCCACCUGCCGUGAGGAAUGAGACGGUUCCUUUUCUUGGCCCU